CCAACGCGAUGUGCUUCCGUCGAUCGCGCAGCGGCCCUUAUACGAAAGCCCACCGCCCCAACCCGUCGCUGAUCUCAACCUCCAAAACUCCAAUCCUACAACGAGCUCUGUUUUUACUUCUUCGCUUUAAAUUGAUUGUUUUUUCCUUCAAACCCUUCUAAGCUAGCCAUGGUGGUCGUGAACUCGACUCAAACUGGCAAUUUGUCCACUAGCCAGUAACCCCUUCCCUGUAAUAAAAGGAAUAAUAAAAUAUUUGCUAAGUAAUUUAAAAAAAUUAAUUAAAUGAAAUGACAGAAUUGCCCUUACGGCGUUAAAAAUGUGGGAAGAAUCGGAAAACCGUUUGUUUCAAUGUCCAUAAAAUACCAGAAACUGGAAACCGAAAAAUUUUCAAGUGAAAACGCUAAUGGGGACGAGAGAAGUGUACGAGGAGAAACUGAGAAGCGGCAAUCUUCAUCACGAUCCCACCAUCAAUCCCGGUCUGGGUUCGCCUCGCUGCCCGCGUUGUCUCUCUUUGUUAAAUUCUAAUUCUGACAAGGCUGAGUGGGCCAUCACCUCUGUUUUGCACGACGCAACUGCCGUGGCUGGCUCUGGUAUUGGUGGAAUGCUUAGUGCAGUUCAUGGUUUUAAUACAGGGAUUCCGUUUCUUCAAAAUCAUCUUAAGGGGCCAAAGUGGGUUCCCUUUGUAACUGGGAUUCCUCUGCUUCUAAUGUUUUCUGGUGCAAGUGCUGCAUUUGGAGGUUAUGCGCUUCCGAAGUUUGCCCAACUCACUGUGACUUCUUACUAUGCUGCAUCAAGUGCUUCACAUUAUGGGAUUUCACUUUUAACUCGACAUAUUGAAGAGGCCCACAUGUCCAAAACUUGGCAAGAAAGGCUAAGAUGAUUUUCUUGUAGGUACACAAACUAGAAUCUAAAUUUCUUAAAUAUAUAAACAAUGCUAUAUAUGUGACAACCUUUAAAAUAGCUACUUCUCAUAUACAUUUUUUUUUUUUUUUUUUGCAUCUUAGAAUGUGCUUACAUAAUAAAAAUAUUGAGUGAAGUUAAAUUUACAUCACUGAAAUGUCUCAUCUAUUCAAAAUUUAUCGGUUCGGUUAAUGAUUCUGGGGAUGGGCUGAUAGCGUAUUUUAUCUGUUCUGUUAAUGAUUCUGGGGAUGGGCUGAUAGCGUAUUGUUGUUCUAUGUGUAUGGCAGUUAAACUUGAGUUCACUUAGCAGGUUCGGGUUCGGGUUCAGGAAGAGACUUGCAAUUCUUUUAGUAAACGCUUUGUAUUGAAUCUCUACCUGUCAAAAGAGCUUAAUUCUUUCUUUAUAAUGAAACAUCAUUGGGUAAUUUGUUAUUGGAAAACAAUUUACAUUGACCCAAUGAUCCGUCCGACGUUUAAAUAAAAACUUGAAUUUUACAAGUUCUGCUUCCAUAAACCCCGAAAAAAAUGAUGCAAAAUGAACCCUUUUGUGUCGUGGGGUCGGAGAGUUGUUAUUUAGUCCUUAAAGAUUAUUUAGAGUUUCUCUGAUUCACAGUACAACACAAUUAAUAUCAAUACCAGAAUAACAGUGUUCCU